UAACAUGGACAAGACAAGUAGUAUCUCUUCAAACGUUUACUUUUAAAAUCAUGUUAAAUGAAAAUCAAUCGGUUUAUGUUUUCUUGUCUUCUUUGGAGUAGCUAAAGCUUUGUUUGUUUUUGCAAGCCAGUUGCUGAUAAAAUAUGCAUGUGCUUCUUAGUUAUUAAGUCCAUCUUUUGUACCAUAUUUUAUGCAAAAUAAAGAUAUUUGAUUUUGAUUUUUUUUUUAAGAUUCGACCUACUGAUGUGAAGCCCUUUAAUAGGGUACCUUAUAGUUUCGUCUGUCUCUCCGUCUGCUGUCUCAGUUUCAGGUUGUACCAAAAUUCUGUAUCUGCAGCUCACAGAGCUACUAAAUUUUUCGCUAUCAUUAGUAUCCAAAACGGAGUUACGGCCAAUUUUAAAUAAAUAACACACUCGUCUUUAUCUGUAGAACAGGCCUUACUUCUGCACCUACCGACAGAUAGAUUUAUGAUUUCUUGAAACCAUUUUAUAAAAAUCUACCACAUGCCAUGGUGUAAAUAGACCCUCUUUUCGCACAUCUUGCAUAUGGUAUUACAAAACUGAAAUAAAAAGAAAAAUAGAUAAAAAAGUGGUAUAUUAAAUAAAACGCUUUCCAUCACUAAGAUCGACUUAUCAGUAUUUCAUUUCAAUGUAUUUAUUUUGCUAAUAUACAUACAUAUAAUUACGGGUCAUGUCAGUGUGGUACAAAUUCAUCUAUGUACUUAAGCUUCUCCUACAGGUACAACACUUAUGUGUCAUGCUAUCUUGCAAGAAAUCCGGGAACUAAUAUUAAAAAAAAUGUGUUAGUGUCAGAUAAAAUUUAAGUGAACCCAAACAAUAGAGAUCAUAAAUAACGUCUGAAAACACGGUGACAUCAGCUUUUUCUUUUUCACAUUUCAAUUCUCAUAACACGCUCUUCAAAUCUUAUCCACUUGAUUCAACGCACGCGCAGCAAGCGCGUCCGAUCGUUUUGUAAACAAUAUAAAUAAUAGUCGUCAUCUUGGCUCCGCUAAGUUAGUACGUCGCGAGCUGUGCCAGUGGUCGGUUACCAUGAUACGCGCCAUAUUUCUCUGUGCCGCUAUUGCCACCGCCGCCGUCGGCAGUAACAACACACAAACAGAAAACAACAGCACCAAUAAUGUAUCCAAACGCGAAAUCCUGGAAUUCUACCCCGACUGGGUACCGUUCAAAAACAAACAUGGUGAUGAACUCGGUGAAUUCGUUGACGUUACUAAACCUAAAGCUAAAGUGAAAAAACGACUCGCAUUACCAAUGAAUUUCUUAAUAAAAGCCGUAGCCGAUGAUGAUUCAGGAGAUUAUACCGGACAAGGUGAAUCUGAUAAUGACGAUUAUUAUGAUAAGAAGGACUGGGCGGACUUAAAUAGGCCAGUGCAUAAUGAAAGCGAAACACUUUCCCAACCACAACAACAAGAACAACAACAACCAGAACAACAGCAACAAGAACAGCAACAACAAGAACAACAACAACAACAUAGCAGUAAUUCUGAUAUUGAAGGAUUAAUCAAUAUUAUCACGAAACCAUCUCCUAGUUUAGCAGAUGAUAUCAAUAAGUCCAUAGUUAAUCAGGAAUAUGUAAAUCAAGAUGAAUAUGAAGUACCGGAAAAAAGAGAAAACAUUAAAGGAUACGUGGAAGAUAAUCCUACGACGACACCUGAACCAGACUUAAGUAUUGCACUAACACCUAGGCCUAAUAUACAAGAGUUUAACGACGACGAAGAUGAUUCGGAAGUUGCAAAUAAAAAUCAGCAACAAUCGGAAGAGGAGCCUCAAAAACUAUCACCAGAAGAACAAAAAGAGAAUGAAGAAAAGAAGAGAAUCAUUCUAGACAGUGUCGAUCAGUUGAAACUCAGGCAUGAGCAAGAACAAAGAGCUAUUUCACAAAAAAAUAAACAUGACGAUUAUGACAACGAAUUACGCCAUAGAAGUGUACAGAAAAAGAAAUAUCGGAAUAAUAAACGAUAUCGUGCUAAACCUACUACUCCUCCAAACUAUGACGAGUACGAAGAUAUGUCUUGGAAGGAUAAAUAUAGUUAAAUGUCGAAAAAAAAAUCCACUUCCGGUGAAGAUGCAGUUUUUGAACAAAUUACGGAAAAACCAAGACAAACGACGCCGACGACCACGACGUAUAAACCAAAAGAUACCGAGCGAGCUAAAUAUUCGUUGUUCAGAAAUCCGGACCUUUACACGAUUGAUGAUAAUGAAGAUGAGAUAAUUCCACCCAAAGCAAACCCAAACACACCACGGCGUUUCUCUUCUAAAUACAACAGCGCCGAAAAUCACAUAGCACCAGCGACCACAACAGAAAAAGUAGAACCGAUACUUUAUUUCCCUAAACGAAAACUGAAGAAACCGAAAAUCAGAACUACAACCGAAGCUUCCGAUUCGUUCGUAGCUGAAACAGUGGAAGACAAACUAACUAAACAAACUACACAACCGAUUACAUACCCUGAUAUUACUUCUCUUGCUAAUGAUGACUUUAAGACUACAGCUGUUGGGUAUGAUUACCCAACGACUACAGUGGGUCUGUGGAAAGAUGACACGUCUGCUGAAGAUAAAGGAAACAGCAUAAAGAACUUGAACAUCGUCCGAGUUACCACUCCACAUUAUGAAGAACCGACUGCAGUAGACGCUUUAACCGGACCUUCAGGAGAAGCACAGGCGAGCAAUAGUGAAACUGUGACUGAUGCAGUGCCAGCGUCUAGCGACCAUAAGAAGGAGGAAGGACCAAAGGAUUACCAUGUUGAAAAAGGACGCGGCUCGGAGCAUCAUUCUUCCCACGAAGAAGAACACGAGGAACACGGCAAAAAGGCUUACGAGGGGCUUCAUAAGGAUACAAAGAGCAAAAAGGGGCAUCACGACAAAGAGGACCAUCUUGGCAAGUAUGAAGACCACGGAGGCCAUAACAAGGAGCACCAUGACGAGUCCGGUCACUUCGGGGAGCACGUUCACGAGGAACACGGCAAGAAACAUGCUAAGUACGAGGAAUCAGGCAAACACUCCAAAGGACACAGCACGAAAGGAAGCCACGACAUCCACAAAAAGGAGGAGUAUGAGAAGAACGUAGAGUUCUUCGAGGAGGAGGGAGAUUCGGCGGAGGAGGAGAAACAUGGCGGCUACCACAAUGAGAAGAAACAUGAGUCGGGCGGCCAUUUCAAGAAAGGGAAACUCCACAACGAUCACCACCAUAACAAGAAGGGCGAAUCCGGACACUUCAUCAAGGGAGGCCACCACCACGCUCACAAGGGCCACAAAGCCGCAGACGGACAUGAUGGUCACGGCAAGCACCACGCGGCGCACCACCACGGUAGCGGUCACCAGGGCGGCAAGAAGUGGGUGUACCACCACGGGUACCCCGCCAAGAACGCGAACCUCAUCGUCAUAGACCGCCGAGCUGAUAGGUACAUGCAUGGACCUACCUACUAUGGAUAAUUUGAGAAAAAUGUGAAUUAAAAUACAAUGUUUAACUUAAUUUUGGUAGUACAGUAGAGCCUGGCUAAUCCGGUGAUCUCUGUAAUCCGGACGCUAAAGGCGCACUGCACUGUCUUAAAACGACAUUGAUAGCAUCAAAAUUACUUUUCUCACCCCAUUAAGAGACUAAGUAUAGCUCUGGUCUACUACUUUUAUAACUAAAAACUCUUUUUCUUUUCGUUGGUUUCUUUGAGUAAUAUGUUAAUACAUACAGAAAAAGCUUCUUCUUACCAAUUAAAUGAUUAUCCGGAUAAUUCGCCACCGUCCGGUUUUUUUCCAUCCGGAUUAGCGAGAUCCUACUGUACUGUUAACAGUAAUAAAACACAGUCAGCAACGAGCUAGACACCAAAAUCGGACACCAUCUAAUAGAUUUAAAAUAGAGAUAUCCUAUAUUAAAUACUAAUAUAGGGGUUAAGCGCUGUAUUUUAAUUUAAUGUUAUGACUCACUAUAGAUUUUUGAAAUCGUCAUUAUCGGGUCUGUGCUUUACAUAACACGGUAAGGCGUAAGAAAAAAUUACGGCGAGAAAUGGGAGUCAUUAUAAGUAAAUAUGAAUUAUAUGAUUGGACCAUUAAUUGAGUCUGUUUUCGAAUAAUCUUAAUAGUCAUUUGCUUCAAAGAAACAAGAAGUCCAAAGAAGUGUAGGUACCUAUAGAUUAAAUUUGGUAACUCUGAAGCGUAGAGCUGACCAGUGUUAUCACUAUAGCUAAUUCAUAGAUAUCAUACAUCUUAUUUAUGUAUGUGUGAAAGGACAUUGAACAUUUAAAAUAAAAUUAAAAUGAAACAAAAUUAAAAACCAAUUAUGUGUCAGUAUGUAAUUCUCCUUGUAUGAAAAUAUUAUGAUUUAUAUCAGAAAAAUGUAAUCUAUGACGCCUAAACCUUCAUAAUAAUGUCGUCUUCUUAAUUAUUGUUAAUGUUUUAUGUGAUUUACGAACAAGGUUGUGUUCUUAUUAAUUUGGUACAACAGUUAGAGGAGAAAUGUCAUGAAGGAGCUAAUUUAUAAAAGAGCCGCUUGGGUCUUUCGAACGUUUAGACUGUUUAGAUUCUAAACGGGCUCUUUCAUUUCACUUUCCUCUACAGUUGUCGUUUGUGUACCAUUAUUCAUUUAACAUAAUUUUAUUUUUAUUUUACUUAAAUGUUAAUACUAUUUCCUUUUUUAUUGUGGAACGUAUCACAUUAUAAUAUAUAAAUUUUAUAUGCAGAUGUUAAUCACAAUAAAAUAAUCAACGGCGUUAGUGACGUUGUCACAGUUGCAAUUGUUGAAUUCGCGGUCAAUGACGGAUGGUCAGCUAGAGCAAUUGAUAGCGCAUUGGACCGGUGAUCCAAUGAUGUGGGUUCGUAUCCCAUGUUGGUCAGAGUUGAUCAUCGUUGAUUUUUUUCAUUGUGAUUGAUAUCUGCAUAUACAAUGUAUUUUACUUUUUUAUAUGGUGUGUAAGGUAUAAGUAAGUAAUUUAUAAGCAACUUUUGCACUUGACUGCCACAUGUAGUACUUAUCUAUAUUUCUAAAUGAUACUUGCUUCAAAAGCCAUUUAUAAAUGAUCUUGUAAGUGUAAAUAUUUUUAUGUAAUUAUAUUUGCGUUUCUAGUUAAUGUUAUAGUUAUAUUGUAAAUAGUAUUGUUUUUUACUUUGUAAUAAAAUUAUAUGUCAAAUAUAUUUUUUCAUUUCA